AUGGCUUCCGAAUCCCUGCAUCCCUCCCUAACACGGGCAUCUGUCGAGGCAGCCCACGCCUUGAUCAAACCUCAUAUCCAUGAUACACCCGUGUUAACCAACACCACACUGACUAACCUUGCGUCUACACCGCAGACGGCCGAAGCGCUGCAAGGCACGCAAUGGGAGGGCCAAGAGCCCGCAAAGCCCAAAGUCAAUCUCUUCUUCAAGUGUGAGAAUUUCCAACGCAUAGGCGCAUUCAAAGUACGCGGCGCAUUCCACGCAGUUACACGCUUGAUUGAGAAGGACGGCCUGGACGAGGUUAGAAAAAAGGGCGUUGUGACGCAUAGCAGUGGAAACCACGCGCAGGCGCUCGCCCUCGCCGCCCGCACUUUCGCCAUUCCCGCGCACAUCGUGAUGCCGUCCAUCUCGACGCCCUCCAAGAUCGCCGGAACCCAGGCGCAAAACGCUACAAUCCAUUUCUCAGGCUCCACCAGCACAGAGCGCGAAGCCGUCGUCGCAGACGUCAUCAAAGACACGGGCGCAACCCUCAUCCCGCCAUACGACCACCCCAACAUCAUCCUCGGCCAGGGCACCAUAGCCCUUGAAAUCCAAGAACAAGUCGCACGGCUCCUCGCGCAAGGCGGGUCCUCUGCAUCCGGCAGCCGCAAACUCGAUGCCGUGAUUGCGCCCUGCGGCGGCGGCGGCAUGCUCAGCGGGAUAGCAGUUGCGCUGCACGGCACAGGCAUCCGCGUAUUUGGCGCCGAACCCAGUUUCCAGGGCGCCGACGAUGCGCCUCACUUACAAAUAAAAAUAAAAAUGUGA